CGGCGGGAAGGCCGCCAUGGGGCCGAAGAAGCCGAGGCCUGCGAGGGGAGGCCGAGGCCCAGGCCGAGGCCGGAGAUGCGAGGCCUUUGGAGACGAAGGGGAAGGAGAAAGGGAGGCUGAAGCCGGGGCUUUGUCCGGGGUGGGCCCCCUGCCCUGCCCGCUGGCCAUGUGGGAGCUGGGACACUGCGACCCGCGGAGGUGCACCGGACGCAAGUUGGCCAGACACGGCCUGGUGCGAAACCUGCGGCUCGGACAGCGCUUCCACGGCCUGGUCCUCAGCCCCAGGGGCGUCCAGUACGUGUCCCCCGCCGACAGGGAGCUGGUGGCGCAGCGCGGCGUGGCGGUCAUCGACUGUUCCUGGGCCCGGCUGGAGGAGACGCCGUUCGGGAAGAUGCGCGGGGGCCAGGCCCGCCUGCUCCCCUACCUCGUGGCCGCCAACCCCGUCAACUACGGGCGGCCCUGCAAGCUGUCCUGCGUCGAGGCCUUCGCCGCCACCUUCUCCAUUCUGGGCUUUUCCGACCCGGCCCAGCUGCUGCUGGGGAAGUUCAAAUGGGGGCAGGGCUUCCUGGAGCUGAACGGGGAGCUCCUGGCCCGGUACGCGGCCUGCCCGGGCCCCGACGAGGUGGCGCGGGUCGAGGAGGAGUUCCUCGCGGCGGCCGUGGCGAAGGAGAGCAGCGAGGAGGAGCUGGACCCCUUUGACGUGGACUCAGGCAGAGAAUUCAUCAACCCCAACAGGCCCGUUGCAGCUGCCAGGUUGGCCACCACCAGCAGUGAAGAGGAGUCAGAGGAUGAAGACAGCGAGGAGGACGAAAAGGAGGACAAAGAUGGUGAGGAAGAGGAGGAGGAGGACACAGUAGAGGAGAAACGGACAGACCCAGCCUUGGCACCUGCCCUGGCGGUGGAGAAAGAAUUGGAAACUGGCAAUCGAGACUGAAGGACUUUGGCAAUGGGGGGACUUCGGGUGGGAGCUGCCGAGGCCACUCGAACUUCGGUAGGUCUGGCGGCGGGCCCCAGAUGAAGCCGGUGCCUGGGAGGAGCCCGCGAUCCCAUCCCGGAGCUGUUCCAGGGGUAGGAGGGCUCCAUAAACAGACUCAGCGGGGAUUGUCUGUGGCUGCCCUCUCGCCCGCCCAUCCGUCCGCUAACUUCCUGUGGGGCUUUCUUGCCCCCCGACUGAGCAAAAUAAAUCCUGGCCCGGCUU